UUGCUUUUCUCUUUUCAAUUUCGGCUAUGUCCCAACUCCGGACAGAAGGAAGAGACCUGACCCAAUGAAGCUGAGAAAGAGCGAGUCAACUUUUUGAAGUCCAACCGCUGGAAACUCUUUAAUUCCUCUGCACCAAAUCCAAUAAAUUUUAAAACCCAUCUUUAAUUUCCGCCAUUGUUGAUUACCCAGGUCUUGAUUUUUCUAGAAAACGCAAAAAAAGGGGAGAUUGUUCCUCUGUUUUGACUCUUCGGAAACUCGUCGAGAAAUUUGAUUUAUCUUGAACGGAAAGGUCAAUCCGUUUCCGAUUGCUAAAACCCGAUCUGGGUUUUCCCAUUUCCAGGGAAUUCGAUUAUGGGAAUGCAGAAAGAUAGGGUGAGAUUCAAUGUUGGCGGCAGAAUGUUCGAAACAACCGCCACAACUCUCGCGAAUGCCGGCCGGAAUUCCUUGUUUGGGGCACUUUUCGAUGAGAAUUGGGAUUUACGAUCUGUUAAUUCCGAUGAAUUCUUCAUUGAUCGGAACCCUAAUUGCUUCGCCGUGCUUCUUGAUCUCUUACGCACUGGAGAGCUUUACGUUCCGACGAAUGUGCCGGAGAAACUCCUCUAUCGGGAGGCUCUCUUCUACGGCCUGCAGGAUCACUUCCGCUCCGCUAAAUGGGGCCAAUUCGACGGCAAUAGAUUGAAGCUUUCGCAUUCUACGACCGGCCAAGCCCCAGGAGAUGGUACUGCCAUCCGAGCUGGUCCGGACGGUGGUUGCUGCAUUGCUCAUGGAUGUAUGGUUCAUGUCUACGAUUGGAUGCUCGACGAACACCCUCCAAUCAGUCUCGAUUAUCAGCGAGUCAACGACGUGGGGUGGAUCGAUGCCGAGAAUAUCAUGGUUAGUGUGUGUGAGAGAUUAGGCCGUGGCGACGGCGGAAUGGGUCUAUUCAGCAAGUCAACAGGUGAGCUCCGGCAUAAGUUUCAAGUCAGUCAUGAAAAUCAGGUAAAGAGCUGCACAGCCGGAGCUUUGAGUUUCAGUUCAGAUUAUAAAAUCUUCUCUAGUUGUAAAGGUAGAAGCAAUGAGUAUGGGAUUGGCGUUUGGGACCAAAUGACUGGAAAACAGACAGAUUUUUUCUAUGAACCAGCAGGUUGGUCGCUCGGAGAUGCUGACAAGCUCCAAUGGCUGAAUGGAACCAAUUGCUUAUUGGUUGCAACCCUUUUUCCUAGGAAGGAUAAUUGUUACAUUAGCCUGUUGGAUUUCAGGGAGAAGAAAAUGGUGUGGUCUUGGUCGGAUAUCGGAGCUCCGUUGACCGUCGAUGAGAAACGAGUAAGAGACGCCAUAGCCAUGGAGGAGAGCAAUUCAAUCUGUGUAGUGAAUGAGUAUGAAGAUUUGGGGUUUUUGGAUUUGAGAAGCAGCAGUGGAGGGAGCAUACGGUGGAGCUCAAGAAGUAGGCUAAUGAAGGGGAAGAUGCCAGAAGAGCCAUGUUACCCCAAGUUAGCUGUACAUGAGGGGCAGCUAUUUUCAUCUAUGAAUGAUUCAAUAUCAGUGUUGUGUGGACCUGACUGGGUUUUGACGUCCAGGCUCCGGCGAAGCGUCGGUGGUUCGAUCUGCGACUUCUCGAUUGGCGGGGAUCGCCUUUUUGCACUUCAUAGCGAGGAGAAUGUCUUCGACAUUUGGGAGACACCACCUGCGCCUGUAAUGUCAUCGUUUAGCUAAUGCUCUCCUUCUUGCUGAUAGAAAAAAAGGUUCUCUUUUUGGUUAUUGGAUUUGUGAGAUAGAGUAGUUGAAGAGAAAUAACGAUGUAUAUAGCAGGACGUCUUGGUUCGGAGAAACUGGAGAUGUUGGCUAAGAAAACAUAACGAAACGGAUUUAGAGCAGGCAAUUUGUAUGGGUUCAUCACUACUAUAGUAAUAGAUAAUCUCAAUAUUUCUUCCA